GUAUUGUCAGCACUCAAAUGAAAUGUUCAAGUUCUUUGUUGCCACUGCAAUAGCAAUCUAACCUAAAAAAAUGUCCGACUCUGAAGUAACUUUACAGCAUUUUUAUGUUUUCAAUAGUACAUACGCUGAAAAAGAAGGGGAGGAGAAGAAUAAAAUUUUGUACUAUCAUCCACCAAAAACGGAUGUUGAUACGCAGAUAAAAAAUAUAGGCCUUAGUGAGGCAAUUAUUAAAUUUACUGAAUCAUUUAAUCCUGGACAAAAAUGCGAUUAUUGUCACACACAAAAAACUCGGCAAGUUUAUUAUCAGCCAGAGCCAGAAUUUUGGAUGGUGAUGACUGUAGGGGUGCCUUUUGUAAUGAAAGAAAAAGACGGAAACAAAUAUCCAGAAUAUCAAUAUGAUGAAGUUUCAAGCAGUGUUUGUCAAGCGAUUCUCAAGCAAACGUAUGCAAUAUUCCGCCUUUUUAUGGGUUCGUUUGAGACGAUAUUAAAUGAACCUGAUUGUGGCUCUGUAAUUUUGUUGAAACACAAGCUCGAUCAUUUUUAUUCAUGGUAUUUAUUAUCGUUGAAGUUGAACAAUAGUGAUAUUCUUGACAUUUUCCAAGGACUUCAGUUUCUUCCUCUGGAUAAAGCGACUUUUUUGCGAGUCCAGUGCUUUAUGAAUUUGUUGGAGGCGACGUUUCCGCUAGUUAAAUACACUGCAUUCCUGUAUAAUGAUCAACUUGUCUGGAGUGGACUCGAACCGGACGAUAUGCGAGUUGUGUAUAAUUACUUAGUGAGCACUCUUUUGCCCGCCUAUCUCGAAAAGGAGUUGGAAGGAGGUUCAAUACCGAGAAAUUCCUCUUCUGCAUUUACAGCAGCUCAUUAUGGAAAAUUCGUAACAGGACCAUCGAGUGUGAAUGACGUGAAGAAGUUGCCAAAGGUCUUUAUUAAUUACUCGACGAAACCAGUUUCGUUGUAUUUAAUUGUUUAUCGAGCACUCAGCGCCACCGUCUGCUUAUUUGUGGACAGCAAGACGAGUCCUCUUCCCGAGUUUUAUAAAAGUCUGGAUGCAUUUCUGGGACCACAAUUGACAACUUUAGUUAGCUCUGUUGCCGAUCAAUGUGCAAAACAUGUGGCAAUCAGUUCGGAGUCGAAUCCAAAGUAUCUGUAUUUUAAUAAACUCAAUCUAGCCUAUAAAAGUACCAUUCACUUUGAUAAUCGUCGCUGCUCAAAUGUGUUAACAACUCCUGAAGUUUUGAGGAUAAUCACGGAUAUUAAUAGCGAUGCAAACAGACUUUAUAUUCGCAGAAUGAAUGAAACUGGCGAGGUUGUUAUAAAGACGAUGAGCGAUUAUUGGAUUGUAGGAAAAGUUUCAAAUUUAAGAGAAUUUUAUGUCGUUCUUCAGCAGAAGAACGCCAGUAUUAUUGAAAUUGACGAUGAAGUUAAAAGACUAUGUGAACAACAAUUGAAAAGUAUCUUCUUCGAUUAGUCUUGAAAUUUGCAAUAAGAAAUAUAAAUAUUCAAAUUUAUAUUUUCUCUUGAUACAUUUUUGAA